GAGCACCUCUUCUCCAUCUAAUUCUUUUCCUUUCUUUUACUCCAUAGCAUCCAUCAUGUCGUAUAGAGCGCCUGGUGAAGCGCCACCAGGAGAAGAAGACAUGUAUCGGUCAUCACGCCCUGCGCCGGCACGAUAUGACCGCGAAGCCAGAAUGUACGACGACAACGACAACAGCGACGAGCAGCGAUGGCAGCAUCAUUCACGGUCAAAUUCGCCGUGUGAGCGCUAUCGACGAUAUUCACCGUCCCCUAGGCGACGACGCCCUUCGCCUCAUGAUUAUUCUCAGUUCCCUUCUCGUGAACAAUCUGCCAUCGACUCAGAUCCCAACGGGCCAAAUACUAUGCCGCGCGUACGAGCUUGGGACUAUUCAUAUCGUGGUGGCCGAGGCAGCAGCAGCAACAACAACCGUGGUGGCGGUCGCAGUCCGCCUCCUGGACCCCGCAGAGGAGGAGCAGGUAGUGGUCGAGGGACAUACUUUGACCGUGACCGCGAGGAGUAUCACUCUCCAUCCAAUUAUCACGACAGUCGCAGCAGAAGCCAAAGCCCUCGGCGCCGAAGGGACCGUGAUCGCUCACCUUACUUUGGAGGACCACCGAGCAGAGAUGUCAUCUUGGAAGGACUCCCGCAGGAUAUGACUGAAGACGACAUUUUACAAGAGCUCAAAGGUCAUUAUAAAGUGGAUGGCUUGGAGGAAGUCCGAGUGAUUCGGGAUCGCAACACAGGCGCAUCACGGCAGUUUGGAUUUGUCCACUUCUCCUCUCUAUCCGGUUCUCGCGCUUUCCUUGAAAAUUAUUAUCCGACUCUCUAUCUCUACGGCUCUGCACAGCGUGAAGACCAGGCAGCGAAGAUUCGAAUUGCGUACGGCCGAGAGAAGGACGCAAAGAGCCGGCCGGAGAAAGGCGAGGGCGACUGGAAGUGUAUGAUGUGCCUACUCAUGAACUAUUCCCAUCGUAUGCAGUGCUUCCGCUGCCAGGCUUCCAGACCAGAUCCUACCGUUAUUGUCCCUGAUGAUGAUGAGGAGCCAUCUGUCUUUCAGAACAUUGGGGACAGCGAUGUGUCAUCCGACAAUACUCCGUCUCAAUUCCUGCUCGUGCGUGGACUCGAAGCAAGCGUGUCUGAAGAGCUUCUCGCAAAGGGCGUGGCCAAACUGUAUAAAGCCGGUGGCGACCCUCAAUCACAAACCCAAAGCGCCUCGGCGAAGAAAUCAACCAGUAAAGUGGCAUCAACGACUAGUGACGGCAACCUCGGCGCCAGGGAGGGCAGCAUCAGGCGAGUGCUUCUCGUACGGGAUAGAAAAUCAAACGACAGCUGGAAGUACGGUUUUGCAGAAUUUGCUGCAGUUGAGGAUGCGCAAGCUGCUUUGACCAAAUACAAUUCGCUGGAUAAAUUCACCAUCGCUUCUAGGCCAGUAAUGAUUAGCUAUAUCCACGCUGGCGUCUUCGUUCCUGUUCUAAACCCUACUCCGGCAAUUGAUCGGUUCACCUUCAGCCCUCUCAGCAAUGCCGCAAUGAAGCUCGCGUACUGGGAUGAAGGCGCCUAUCUCACCGAACUCACAGUGAAUGCCGCUCCUGAGCCAAGCAUAACGAGCGCGGACGAAGUUUCGAGGCGAGCUGCAGCAGCUGAAAAGGAAGGCUUGGUCAAGAACAAAGAUGUUGAGAAGUCGAAGAAACGCAAGGCCGAAUCGACUCCCGUUACCAGCACCAAAAAGGCCGUUCCUUCGCAUCUCCAAUUCUGGCGUGAAAGGCAUGUUGAGCUGCACGGUGGUCCUGCUGCGGCGACUGCAAUUCAAGAAGGGACCGUACCUGCGAGCGACCCGACGAAAAUCACUGAGAAGACACCCGAGCCAGAAAAAUCGGACCAGAGCCCUCCCACGCAAUCGUUUGCCGAUUUGGAGCGAAGCUGCUGUCUAUUAUGCUCUCGCCAGUUCAAGACGUCUGCGGAAGUCAACAAGCAUGAGAGACUCAGUCAGCUUCAUCGUGACAAUCUCAAAAACGAAGAAUUAAAGGAAAAAGCUCUCGAGAAGCUCGCAAAGAGAGGACUCACUUCCCUGUCACCCGCCAACUCUACGGCCGAAUACCGGGAUCGUGCCAAAGAACGACGUGAAGUUUAUAGUCAGCCUAAGAAGCCCUCUGCACCCCAGCAAAAGCCUGCUCGUCCAGCCCAAGCACCAUCGGCAGCCUCACCUUCUGCAGCAAAGGAAACCGCAAAGGUCGAAGAAGAAGACGAGGAACCUGUAGUCAAGUCCAAGGGUGCCGCUUUGCUUGGAAAGAUGGGCUGGACUGCUGGAGAAGGUCUUGGUGCAGAAGGGACUGGCAGGACCGCGCCCAUCCAGACAGACGUCUAUGUCCAGGGCGUCGGUCUCGGUGCAGAAGGUGGCAAGGUAGGAGAUGCCGUAGAUGAAGCUAAUCGUAAGACGAAAGGUGGAUAUGCGGAUUUCUUAGAACGGACCAAGGACAAAGCCAAGGAGCGAUUCGAACGGAUGGCUUAACUGCCAGUCUCGUUAGUCAAUUACAAUCACUCCUACUGGUAUUGACCCAGUCUGCUGAAUCCUUGACUGAUUCUUCUUAUAAUUCUCUUACUGUCCUCUUUCACUUACUAUGUGUUGUCAUUUUUUUUCUCUGUCAUGGAUUUUAUAUUCCUCCUGUCAAGCAAUGUUCAUGGCGAAAAUGGCAAAUUUGUUUUCACGUCAUGGCAUCUGUAAAAGGUCGCACAACUACCUCACUGCACUGAAUUAAUGCCCUAGACCUACAGUAUUAAGCGAA